GCCAGCAGCAGAGCAGCUGUGCGCCAUUCACAACUUCGGGAUUUCCAGGAAACCAAGUCACUGACGUGUUCCCCGUUUCCCGUGAAAAUGGUUUCAGUAAACGCAAGUACACACAAACAUUCCUUACGUUCCAAGACCUACAUAAUUGUACAACGAUGGACACAGUGUCAAACUGACUUGCGUUAACUGUGUUAUUGGGUAGAUGUGUCUUUACCUCGGGCUGGCCUACAACUGACAGUCAGCUGAAUCAAUUCCUACAGGUGAGUUGGACUUAGCUCAGCGUUUUAUAUUGUUUGUAUGACAUGUGCAACAGUUGUAUAAUUUUAUGUCAGGGCGCUGGCGUGGCUUGAGUUCGUGCCACCCGGGGCGGGUCAAGAUUUUUACCGCCCCAUUCCACGAAACAAACCUUCUGCAGUGGGUCGAAAAUGCCGUCACUCGGACUCACUCUUAAUAAAGAAAGAGUGCUUCCCGGUGCUGAGCGCCCCCAUUAGCACCCCUUUCUACGUCAAGGUGCAGUUUCGUAGGGAGAGGGUUUGGCGCCCGGGGACAAGAUUCGCGCCCAGGGACAAGAUUAAUUUUAAAGCGCCCCCCCCCUUUUUUUUUUCUUUUUUUUCAACUCUCAAAGCCAUUUUUUUCCUUAAUAAAAUAAUAUCUAAGCACAUUUUUGCACCCCUAACUAGUGUGCAGUUUCGGAGGGAGAGGGUUCGGCGCCCGGGGACAAGAUUCGCGCCCAGGGACAAGAUUAAUUUUAAAGCGCCCCCCCCCUUUUUUUUUUCUUUUUUUUCAACUCUCAAAGCCAUUAUUUUCCUUAAUAAAAUAAUAUCUAAGCACAUUUUGGCACCCCUAACUAGCUGGCGCCCGUGAACAUCUGUCUCCCCCUGCCUCCCUUCGCUACGCCUCUGCCAAGGUGUCAGGGUUUCCUAGGAGUAAGAGGUGGCGUUUCAGGCGGGUGCAAGGAAGUGGGAACUUGAAAGCAGAGAACACAUUAGCUUUUAAAGCUCUAAUAUAAAUUAUAUAUAUUUUCAAAACAUUCAUCAUUAACAUUUUACUUUAUGUAAUACGGCACGAAAUUCUUCUCUGAGUUCUACGGCUUUCUUUGGCAUUCUGUCGGUUUAUGUGACAAAGUUCUAAGAUUACUCUAUCUCAAAACUGCCACCAAAACACAAUCAUCAAAUUCAUUAUUUUUUACAAAACUGCUCGGUCUUUCCGUCUUACACAAGUGGUUCGCAUGCUUAAUGAGAUUAGAAAGACCUUUAUUUCUUUGUAACACAGCAUGUACCGGUAUAUAUGUUACGGUCAAUGCAAAUAAUUGGGCAUUAUUUACAAUGCCCGAGCAAUUUAAAAAGUGCCCAAUGGGAUGUGACAAAAUGAUAAAUUAUAUAGAAAAUAUUAAAUUUCCCGGGCAUUAUGAAUAGUCGAGUGGGCAAUUUGAGACAAUUUGUAUUCAUAACUUUUCUCUACAUACAAAAAUAAGAUGAUGUUAUAUUAAAACAAAUUGUUAGAUAACUAACAAUCAAAGAAAGAAACACACUGGUGGUGAUAAAAUAAGUGUACAAAAUACUUACGCCUAACUAAAAAAACAUAUUAGGUAUGUACUUACAAAGACAUAAACACACAAAAUGUCAAAUCCUAUAGUUUCUAUUUAUUGGACCAACUUCCACUUUGGUGACUUUCGAGUGACAUAGCUUUUUUUUUCCUUUACGGCACUUGCACUUGUCAGAUUUACAGCCACAUUUACAGCAACAUCGACUAUAGCCUUGGCCCCCCAGUCUAGGAUGACAUUCUUGCACAUUCUCUUAGUGAAUUCUCUGACUGAGGAAUUUCUUCGGCAUCAAUAAACUUUGCAUUUACAUUUUUUAAAUUGGUUCCUAGCAUAAAGUUGAUUUAGGAUUCCAUGUUUCGUGCCUAAUGUAUAAAGAUUGGCAUCUGUUAUUUCAAGAACAAAUGCCAACAUACUUCUUCCAUCGGUGCGACCUCUUUCGACAUCUGGGACUCGAACUCUAACUGUGUCACCCUUUUUAACGGCAGGGUAUUUUGAAUUGGAGGUUUGAAGCAUUUUUUCAGCUUGUUUUUUUUAGAUUGUUUGCUGAAAUCUCCCUAAUUUUUAAUAUGUUGGCUUUUCUUUUUUUUUCACUUUGGGAUCCUCUGAGGAAUCUUUAUAACCUUCAUACGCGCGUUUUUCAUGACCGGAGAGUUGGAUAUCAGAUGGCGCGGAGACAUUGAUUUCUCUUUCGUUGUUAUGGAAAUCAGAACAUGGUUCAGAUAACGAAGUUGAAGGUUGAACAUAACUAUCAAUAGAUGAUAGUUCCACCAUACGCACGUUGCCGAAUUUCUGUCAAUCAAUUAAAGUGACAUAAGAAAUUGUCGAAAAUGGUUGCUGAUUGGCCAACGAGAAACACACCAUACGCACGUUGCCAAAUUGGUGUCCAUUAAUUAAAGUGACCAGAGAAAUAAUAGCAGUAUUUAUAAUGACCGGGCAAUGUAAUAAAUUAUCUUAGAUUGUCGUAGACUAAUACAAAAUUAUUAAUUACAUUGCCUGAUUUUAUCGGUCAUUAUUUAUAAUGACCAAGCAUUAUGAAAACUGCCCUGAAUAAUCAAAUUGACGAAAUCUCAAAUAUAUAGUGAAGCAAUUGAUCAUUGGGUGAACUCAGUCCGAAGGUUCGAUCUCUGCCAAUGAAAUCACUUGGCGCAUCCGUGGUUUAAAAAAAUCCCGAGGGUUCACUCACCCGAGUCAGGGGGAGGGGAUGGUUGCCUGGACGCAUUUGGUAAUACUUUGUGUCCUGUCAAUGAAUUCAAGGUUACCAAUAACUCGUCCUUAUAUUAAGCGUGCGGUAACAAGGUUAAACGCGCCAAGUGGGUUUGGGUGAAGGACAGUAAUGGACGGGCAAUAACUGAUACUGAAAUCGACACCGGGGUGGGGGAGGGGGUGUGUGUUUAACUAGGUGUGUUUACUAGCCAAAGUAGAUCAAAUUUUCCGGGUCCAGACUGAUCCCAUCACACCGUGUACCUUAGGGUGUUGAAGGAAAUACAAUGCAUUAUUGAAGUUUCUGUAGUAUCUGAGGAUUCCAUGGAAAUGUUUAUUUGUUUCAGAGAUGGACAAGCCGACGUUUCUUCUCGUCGGGCGCCAAGGUCAAGGGAAGAGCUCCGUUGGAAAUACUAUCCUUCAAACCAAACGCUUUGCGACCAAAACAACAGGGGCAGUGGCCAGCGUGCCGGCAGCCAGUCCUGAGCGUGCUGACAAUGACCGAGUCGUCGUAGUGGACACCACUGGUAUUGGUGACAGUGGGUCCGACAGGGCAGGUGAUGUCCAGUCCGUCAUACAAUUAGCUAAUGAAGCCUCUGUUUGUGGCUUCGAUGCCAUGAUAUAUGUGCUGAAAUAUGGGGUACGGUUUACCAAACAAGAGAAAGACGCCGUCCAAAUGGUCAAGUCGAUCUUUGGAGAAAAUGUGUUCAGAGAUUGGGGAAUUUUAGUUUUCUCUUAUGGUGACAACUUUGAUCUGGAUACGGAAGAUGAUGGGAUGACGUUUGAAGAUUGGUGCCAGGAACAAACAGGCGAUAUAAAGACUUUAUUUGAAGAGGUGGACUACAGGUGUGUUCUGUUUGACAACAGGGGCAAAAAUACAGCGAGACAAGAUCAGGAACGCGAUAAGCUACUGAAACUCAAACCUCCCAGGCUGCAACGUUAUUCCGACGAGGACUUUCAAGCAGCGUCCGCAGGCCGAGAAAAACUUAUCCUCCUGGAGAACUUUCAAUCGCUUAAGAAGGAGACAGAUGACCUCUUACGUUAUGUCGACCAGAGACGUGAGACUCUGCGCAGAAAUGACCAGCGACUCAGCAACGAUGACCUGACAAAGCAAUUGGAAGUCGUUCUACAACAAGCCAAGCAACAUUACGACCGACUUCUAGAUAAGGACAGAGGCACCAAAGUCUUGAGAGAGCUCCUGGACCAGGUGAGGCUGCGUACCAUUGGCUUGGGGAGUCGGAUAGACCACCUGCGUCUUGCUAUUCCAGUUAGAAGGAAUGAUAUGAGCCUUAUUGCAGUUCUUUUCUGGUACUUAAUUGGAUUGAUUCUAAGUAGUUGUAAAAUUCCUUUCAAUUACUGUCUAAAGCCUGCCAUUUAUUUUAUUUAUGGUAUAAUAGCCAGAUGUCUUCAAUAUUUUUAUAAUGCACUUGGCCGGCACCAAAGACGCCGAGAAAAAUAUACAGCAUGAAUAGUGGUAACAUCUGUGAAAUGUUUGAAAGUUAACAUUAUUUCUAGACUAAUCAAUAAAUGAACUUUAUCUAGGCUUAUCAUACAUUACAAUGUUAAGGAGACAAUGUUUUGUGUUAAAAAAGUGAGAAAUAAAUGGUAACAUAAUGUCAUCAGUGCAACAUUUGACAUAUGUCCAGACUCUGUUGUGUUGUAUUCGCUGGUGUACCGUGUUCUGCCGGACCCUGUCAUGUUGUGUUGUAUUCUUUGUUGUGCUUUGUUCUGUUAUGUCGUGUUGUUCCCUGUGGUUGUUUUUGGUAAUGUUGUAUUUUGUGUUGUGGUCUUUUGU